AUGAAUGCGCCCGGCCGCAUCAACGGCGCCCUGUCCCCCGUCUCCACGGUCGACAGCACCGACUGGUCCCCCAUCACUCGCUACCAGAGCCUCACCGGCGCCGACAAUCCGUAUUCUCCCACCCUCCCGCCCAACAACCGCGGUAUCAACACGCCCCCCACCUCUGUCCACAGCAGCACAAACAUCACCGAUGGCUCCAUGGCCCAAGCUAUGGGCCGCCCCCCAGCAGGCGGAAACCCCUCGCCCCCCAGCUCCAUUGCCCGCUCCAGCGACGGCACGGGAUUGUAUGCCUCGAGGAUGGCCGACGCCGGCGCCAACAACCGCAAGUUGAUGAUGUAUGAGGACACAUUGGCCGAGCACUACCGCGUGCUAAAGGCAUACCUCGGACCCUAUCUCAAGGAUGAGGCCGGCAAUCCUCGACCAAGCAGAGCCAAGGACAAACUCACCCGUCUGUCGCCUGUGCAGUUCCAAGAGCUCAGCACAGAUGUCUAUGAUGAGUCGCUACGCAGAGAGGAUGACCGCAAGCGCGGAGGUCCAGGCGCCCCGGGAAAUGAGACCCCCAAAUACCUGCUACCAAAGACCAACUUCCAUCCAAAGCGGAACCAGGCCCGCCAGAAGCUCUCCACCCUACCCCUCGAACGUUUCCGUCAACUUGCGACCGAUGUCUAUUACGAGUUGGAAAGGAGAUGCCCCAGAUUUGCGGGAGGAGAUAUCAUGAGAUCUGCAAGUCCAGCAAUGAGCAUUGCGAGUCGGACAAGUAGAGGCCCGCCGAGUCGAGUGGGAACCCCCAACAGCAUGAACGGGGGAUUGCGCGGUAAUGGGCGACCUCCACCUGGACCGCCUGGACCAUACCGCAAUGGGCAUCCGCCCGGGUCUCUCCCUCCAGGGCAGGCAAAUGAGUUGGGACGACCGCUCCCGAAGACGUUUCAGCAAAAUACAAUUGUCCCCAACAAGGGCACCAUGGUCGAAGACGACGACGACGACGACAGUGCAGCCAACGACGACGAGGACGCAUUCAACCUCGAAGGUGCGGCCUCGCGCCAGAGCAGGCGGCAGACCAAUAAGAGCUUGAACCUCGCGAAUGAGAAGCUCGUAUCCGACCUCCAAGCUCAAGUUGCAGAGCUACAGGGGAAGAUUAGCUCUCUCGAAGAAUCAUUACGAAACAAAGAUGAGGAAAUAGAGAAGCUCAAGGAGGCUGAUCAGGCGCGGGAUAAUAUUACCUCCUCUGAACGCGCUGAGUGGGACGACCUUCGUUAUUCGCUCGAAGAAAAGGUCGAGAAAGCAGAGAAUCUCAAUUCCUCCUUGCGCUCGGAGAUCGACAGGAUACGCAGUGAAAAUGAGGAGACGGAGCGGAACUUACGUGCCCAGAUUUCAGAGCUAGAAUCGAAGGCAUCGCAACGACAAUCGGCUAACGGGGAUGAUGAUCAGUGGCGACAGCGUGCAGAAGAGCUCGAACGGGAGUUGAAUGAGCAGCAGCGGGUCACGGAAGAUGUGCGCCGGGAUGCAGCGCUUUUCUUGCAAGAGAUGAGGGAGUUGUCAAAUCGGAGUGACGCUGCCUUGGAGAAGGAAGAGCAGCUGUUCAACCGGGUUACCGCUCUGGAAGCAGAGCUCAAAGACUGGAAAUCCCGCUACACUCGAGCCAAAUCGCAGCUCCGCAGCCUCAAGGCUUCAUCGAUCGGACUCGCUUCCCUCGCUUCCCCGGAUAUCAGCAACUAUGCCCGCGACGCAAGCUUCACCGCCCCUGAUGGCAUCGUGAAAGACGUACAUGUUACCAAGUUCCAGCUCAGCAUCGACGAACUCCUCCAGGUUGCGCGACGAUCCGAUCCCGAGCAGGUGCUGGAGAGCAUGAGGCACGUGGUACAAUGUGUGCGCGCCAUCACCGGAGACAUCGACAGCACGCCUCUCUCACAGAUCCAGUCCCCCAGCAGCAGCGUCAACGGUGACGGCUUUGCCACUCCAGAAAAGCAGCAGGCGAAGCUGAAGUCCCGCGUCAGCGCCACGGCGAACAACCUCAUCACCGCAAGCAAGAAUCACGCCUCGUCCGCCGGUUUGUCACCCGUCAGUUUACUGGACGCAGCAGCCAGUCAUCUCUCCACCGCCGUGGUAGAACUCGUCAAGCAUGUCAGAGUGCGGCCAACGCCCGCAGAGGAGCUCUCCAAUGGAGAAGAGGACGACAGACCGAUGCCCCUGAAGCCAAACGGCUACUCUUCGUACAACCCCUACGGCGCUAACAGCGUCAACGGCAACGGCGUCGUCGGUGCAGGCAUGGGCCAUCAGCGCCAUCGCAGUCGCGGCGGCAGCGGCAGUUCAGCAGGCUACAGCGCGUACAGUUCCCCGUACAGCGGAUAUGAUCGCCAGAGCGGGGGUGCCUAUGGGCUCUCCCCACUGAAGGAUACGGGGAUGGCCGAGUUCAAGAAUUACCUCGAUGAUCAGACUGCGCUUCUGGUGCAGAGUAUUCAGCCGCUUGUGCAUACCAUUCGGUCGUCCAGCAAUGGUAACGCUCCUGGCUCUUCCCCGGCGGACGAACAGCAAAUCGCAAACUAUAUCCAAGAUAUCUCCCGCGCGGUGCAGGAUACCGUCACGAGGACGCACGAUGCGGUGCGCGACCUGCCGGCUCCGGCGCUGAAGAAGCAUGUUCUUCCUAUUGUUCAGGUGCUCGAGGGCUGUAGAGUGGAUAUGCUGAGCGUGCGUGUUGGGGAUGGGCCAGGAGAUGCAGGGCAGGCGGGGAAGGAGGGGUAUAGGGAGAGGAUUCCACCGUUGGCGUUUCGGACGGCGAGGGCGAUGAAGGAGCUCGUUUUGAGGGUUGAGAGGAUCGAAACGGGAGAGUUGACGGUGGAUAUGGUGUUGAAGGAUGAUUUUUAAGAGGGGCGGGAUUGGGGAGAAUCGGAAAUGGUGAAAGUAGGGGCUGGGGUGAGGGAUGGGCAUGGUAAUGAUUUGCGACUCUUUUUUCUCUUCUUCUUUCUUGCUUACCAUUGCUUCGUGGUGGUGUUUC